UUUGAAAGACCCAGUGGACCUGCAAGCAAAUCCGUGAGAACUCGGAGCUCAAGUUAAAGUGCUGUGGUUGGAGGUGUCACAACAGAGGAGGCAGGAAAUGACUGAUAGAGGAGUCAUGUUUGGACAGGAAAUCCACUUUUCAGAGAGACGUUGACCUGUCAUACGUGCGGGGAGGUGGGCGCUCAGCCGAUGUGUGGGGCGGCACCACGGCUGCCUGCAUUUUCUGCGAGAGGAGCCCACCCAAAGUGAACCCCAAGAGCCCCCGCCCUGCCCCAGAGAGCUUGAGGGGUGAGCCGAUCCCCCGCUGCCCUGCCGCUAUGGACCCGGGGAUCGGCCAGGAGCCUCCUGCGCCGACCCCACCAUGGUAGCACCUGGGAACACCAAAGACUUCUUGGCCGAUGUGGUCUACAUCUUCCUGGAGCUGGUCAUUGCCGUCUUGGCCGUCUUGGGCAACGUCUUGGUCUGCUGGGCCGUUUACCUGAACAGCAACCUCCAGAACGUCACCAACUACUUUGUGGUGUCCCUGGCGGCGGCCGACAUUGCGGUGGGCGUGCUGGCCAUUCCCUUCGCCAUCACCAUCAGCACCGGCUUUUGCGCCGUCUUCUAUGGCUGCCUCUUCAUCGCCUGCUUUGUUCUGGUCUUGACGCAAAGCUCCAUCUUCAGCCUCCUGGCCAUCGCCAUCGACCGGAUCAUGGCCAUCCGCAUGCCUCUCAGGUACAACGCCUUGGUGACCGGCUCGCGAGCCAAAGGCAUCAUCGCCAUCUGCUGGGUCUUGUCCUUCAUCAUUGGCUUGACGCCCAUGUUGGGCUGGCACCAAGCUCCCCCAGGCAGGAACAGCUCCUUCCCUAACAAUUGCAGCGAGAAGAUGAUGACCUGCCUGUUCGAGGCGGUGGUCACGAUGGAGUACAUGGUCUACUACAACUUCUUUGCUUGUGUCCUCACUCCCCUCCUCCUGAUGCUCGCCAUCUACCUGAAGAUCUUCAUGGCGGCCCGGCGGCAGCUCAAGCAGAUGAAGCUGAAGGUGGCGCACGGGGAGCGGUCCCGCUCCAUCCUGCAGAAGGAGGUCCAUGCAGCCAAGUCGCUGGCCAUCAUCGUCGGGUUGUUUGCCUUCUGCUGGCUUCCACUGCACAUCAUGAACUGCUACACCCUCUUCUGUAAGAGUUGCAUCCGCUUCCCUCCCUGGCUGAUGUAUCUGGCCAUCAUCUUGUCCCAUGCCAACUCCGUGGUGAAUCCGCUCAUCUACGCUUACAGGAUCAGGGAGUUCCGGCUCACCUUCCGGAAAAUCAUCUACCAGCACAUCUUUGGCAAAAAGGAGCAUUUCAAGCCGGCCUCGGGCAGCCAGAGGACCUCCCUCCACGGCGGAGAGACCGAAAGCACCAUCCUACGGAGUGGCGAUGGGGGUCUAGAGUUCUUCGCUGGUGGGGACCUGAAUGGUAUCCACCUGGAGAGCAAUCUGGGGAAGAGCCCAGUGGGUUUGGAGGUGCACCAGAACAGAAACGCGGCGGAUGGGGAAGCCAACGGACACCUUGUACAUUCCUGCAAAAACGGGCAUGUCUCCUCCAAGAAAAUGGAGCUGUUCAGCCAAGAACUUCUCGGCGUCCAUGCCUCCUACCUCUCGGACCUGGAGAAGUCCAUGUUAGAAGUUUCCAACGUGUCCUGACUGAGGCUGCCUCUACGGGUGUAACUCAGCUGGGGCAAAAUCUUCCUGGUCCCUCUCGGCUCCCUGAGUCGCGGCCGGAAAAAGGAGGAGAGGAGGAGAUAUUCUGGGGUUGUAGUGAUGAUGGAAAAGGAGACUGACAGGAAGACCCUCAGAAUGGCACCAGAAAGGAGGCCUAGAGGCAGGAAAGGGCUGGGGGACCCCCGUUGCACACCCAGAAAGACAGAUGGGCUGGUAUGGUCAGAAGCACUCCUGGAUACACACACACACACACACAAACACACUUCUAGCCGGAAGAAGGAAUGGGUCAGUUUGUUGCCUUCUUUUGUAUUUCUGGAGUCACAGAUUUGCCACCGGCCAGACUUGUCAAGGAGGAGGAGAAAAAACGCUUGGAGAAAAUGGGACGUUGCCAUGGGACGGUUAGCGAGGGUGGUUCCUAGGAACUCUGAGAGAGAGAGAGAGAGAUUGGGUGUGCGUGUGUGCAUGUGAUAUUUAUUCAUUAUAGAUAACUGUGUGACCGACAGUGGAAAGGAAGAGGCUGUCUUAUUCCUGGGGCACAAGCUGCGAGGUUAGCAAAAGGGGGGGGGGCGUGCAGCGGGCACCAAGGGGGUCUGCCUGCCACUGGGCCCGAGUGCACAGCCUCCCCACAUCUGCCUCCUGAGAACUAAACCUGAUGCUCUUGGCCACGUGUCCCCAGAGAUGCCCCCCCUCCCUACACCACCCAGCAUCCCCAUGAGUGGCAGCUGCCAUGGCCAAAGCCGUGGAUGUUUGGGGUCACGCGCAGAGUUCUCCUUUCUACCUGCCUCACUGGGCCACGGAGGCCAGGGAAGGCCUGGCAAGAGUACUUCCAAGCGGUCCUUUCCCCAAGCUUUGCUCGAGCCCAGAGGGAGCUUUGAGUCCAGUGAGCCUGGCUUGUCACCAUCUUCCCCAUCAAACAUGCAAGGAAUGGCCUUCCUUUUGAGAAACGUGGAGGCAUACAUUGUGCUGUCUGUGUGCGCGCGUGAUGGAAAUAGAAGCCUCUGCCGAGAUGCGCGCAUCUCCAAGGGAACCCAGGAGGGCGCCGGCGACUGCAGCUGCUCUUGCAGAAAACGGUCCGUGUCCCAUGGCACGUGGGGCCUUUGGCUCUCCCUGCCCACUCUCUUCUGCUUCCCCCUGAGUCUUCAGGCACAUCAUUUCUGUUUCCUAGGAACAUAAAACCGAUGUAAAGAAGCGAACUCGGGAGGGCCACGGACCUCGCUCCCUUUCAAUGCAGAAUCUUUUCAUGGAGGUGUGGUUUGCGUCUUGUGCUGCUCCCUAGCCCUGAGCGGUCGGUUGGAUGAGUCCUCGUGCCUUCUCUGUUUUUAACCCCUGCGUGGAGCACUAGAGAGGAGGAGGAAGAAGAGGUGGAGGAGGAGAGUUGGCCCUGGGGGCUCGGGCGGCCCAUCCAAGCUUGCCAUUCUCCGUAAGAGUCCCACUCAGCUCAUUUGAAAACGGGCCACCAGAUGAGGUUUCUCCGAGCCCUUUCUUCUGAUUGCAGGCAUGGGGCUCCCCACAUGAUAGCUGGGCUCAUAUUUAGCAACUAGAAGCCAGCCUUCUGGAGGCACCUGGGCUUCCAGAGACUCCCAGGAAAGGGACGUUCCGGAUCUAGGGGGUAAUAUCCCUGAGCAAAACUUCUGGCUUCCGGCUCCAUGUUCCCACCGACUGUUAUUUCCGUGUUCUUCUUGUGAAGGGUGGGGUUGUCCUGGCCUUGCAGGUGGGUGUGGCCAUUUGGCUGCUGUGAUGUCAUGGCAGGGGCACCACCUUGGGGCAGUCGGCCUACGCUUUGCUCCCCGACCCCCAUCCCCAAAGGCUACAGGCCCACGUUGGCAGCCAAAUGUCCUUGCCUGCCUGGCGCCACCUUCUUGCCAUCGGGCAAAAAGACGUGGCAAGUGGGAGAAAACUGGAGGAGACCCUGGUGCUUCCUUUUCUGGCAGAGGAACCAAGGUCUCGGUCGCUUGCCUACACCGGUGGAAGGGAAGAUUAUCCUUCCUUGACCACACCAUCCUAUUCCACCAAACUUCAGUACUUCCUGGUUCCUUCUGUUGGACUUCUCUUGGCCGCUCAGUGCGUGCGUGCGUGUGUGGGUGCGCGUACAGGAGUGCAUUUUUGGAAGCCACCCUUUGGCGCUCUGCCUCAAAGGUUCACACAGCCGAGAAGCCCCCUCCGGCUCUUUCCAGAGCUUUCUUGAAGAAUUAGAGGCAGCGUAUCUCAGGGUCAUCCACCCCCUCCAUCGGCCUCUUGUGGGAAGUCUGAGAGAAUGCUUACUGGAAUAUAUGCUGGUGGGAAUGCUCACGCAAGGCGCACCCGGUUGUGAGAGCGUCAGGCUUUGCAUGAGACACACACACACACACACAUGCACACAUCCCCAGCUGUCCAUCGCAUUCCCCGUUUCCUUCCAGUUGCUGGCCUUCUGGAAGAGACGGGGCUGCUGAUGGGCAGGGAUGGCCCUGCGAAGGUUGGCGGCAUGGAUUUUGGAAACGGUCCAGAGUGAAAGCGGAUUCCGGGGUCGCCGCUCUGCCCAGAAUUCCAGGAAUCGUUCCUGUUGCUCCUGAGGGGGAAGGAAUCGUCAUCCAGGAAGGAAGGAGGCUAGGAAGGCCGAAUUCCUGCCACCCACUGGGAGAGGAGUGAGGGUGGGCUGGGACUGCCACCCCCUCAUCGUCAUAAUGACGUGCCAUCAAAUAGAUUCUGACUUAGGGCAACAGUGACUUCAGUGGUGUUGCUGGUGGGGAGGGGGCACAUUAUUAUUAUUAUUAGUUUUAUUUCUAUGCCACAUUUCUCCCAACAAGGGAUCCAAAGCGGCACAUGCAAACUCCUUCCGCAUUUUCCGGAAAUAUAAAUGAACAGGACUUGGAUCAGUGUUUGCCUUUGAACCCUUCCCAGAAACUCUCUCAGAAUCCUGUAUUUUUCUCACAACCGGUUGCACUGUCACCGGAAGUUGUGUUACUUUCUUAACAGCCUGCCUGGGCAGAAGGUGCCUUCCCCUCCCACCUCCCUCAAAGCAGACAGAAUGCAAAAGAAAGAGAAAGAACAGCAACAAGCAACGAAAACCCUGCCUUUCUUUCCCAGUAAAAAGCUCACCCAUUUUGCAACAGUAGGUAGGAGAGACAUCACCGAGGCCUCGGACAGAGUUCUGACCGGGAAGCUUUGGACUUGGUUGGCAGGUUUGGAAAUGCAUCAGAGACAAGCCAAGAGAUUUCCGUGCCAGUGGCAGAGGCGAACAAGCACACCUUCCCCCUUCCACCUCCCCCCCCAAUGGGUGCUAUUUUUUUCAUGGUGGAAAGGGCAUUAUAAGCCCAAAAACUGACAUCAAUGUAAUUAGUAGCAUGCCAAAAUUUGUCCCUGUAGUAGAGGGGAUCAGCUGACGUGUGUGUGUGUGUGUGUGUGUGUGUGUGAGUGAGUGAGUGAGUGAGUGAGUGAGUGAGUGAGUGAGUGAGUGAGUGAGUGAGUGAGUGAGUGAGUGAGUGAGUGAGUGAGAAAGAGAGAGAGAGAUAUUUCUUGGCAGAGGUGAAACAAGCAGCCUCUGGCUGAUGGAACAUUAGACCUCCUGGGUCACGUAUGUAUUUUACAAAAUGUAUCACUAAAGGAUAAACAGCAAACAAAACCUUAAAAUAAAGAGUAACAGUGA